AAACAAGGCGCCGGGUCCGAGAUGAGAAGCUUUGGUGAUAUUCGAGGAGCUGCCGGCAAACUACCAUCACCACAUUUCCUCAGAACCCGCGCCGACGUCGACCUCCGAAAACCCGAAAACCACUCAAUUGUACCCGGCCCAGCCUCGGCGCCGACCGUAUCGUCGAAAUGGCAAGCAAAAUGACGCCUUUAAUCCGCACCGCCGUCCGGUCGGCGUGCCGCUCAACACCAAAGUCGCAGAUCAGCAUGAGCAGCAGGACAAUCUCUUCGACGGCCUCAAGACGUAGCGAUACGCUCAUGGUCCACCGCAACACGCCCGACAACAACCCAGACAUCCCCUUCAAGUUCUCGGCCCAGAACGAAAAGGUCAUCACCGAGGUCCUGAAGCGUUACCCUCCCCAGUACAAGAAGGCCGCCGUCAUGCCGCUGCUCGACAUUGGCCAGCGUCAGCACGGCUUCACCAGCAUCAGCGUCAUGAACGAGGUCGCCCGCAUCCUUGAGAUGCCUCCCAUGCGCGUCUACGAGGUCGCUAGCUUCUACACCAUGUACAACCGCACCCCCGUGGGCAAGUACUUUGUUCAGGCCUGCACGACGACACCAUGCCAGCUCGGCGGCUGCGGCUCUGACGCCAUCGUCAAGGCCAUCAAGGAGGAGCUCGGCAUCUCUCAGGGCCAGACCACCCCAGACGGCCUCUUCACCUUUAUCGAGGUUGAGUGCCUCGGCGCCUGCGUCAACGCCCCCAUGAUCCAGAUCAACGAUGACUACUACGAAGAUCUGACCCCGGAGACCACCAAGAGCCUACUUGCCGGCCUCAAGGACCCCAGCAAGGCGGUGCCCCCGGCUGGUCCUCUGAGCGGCCGCCACUCGUGUGAGCACAGCGGAGGCCUCACGAACCUGACGAGCGAGCCAUGGGGUAUUGAGACCACGAGGAGUGAUCUGUAAGGAGAUCGACUAAAGUUGUAGCAGGAGCCGAGAAGCUGGGGCAGGUAGAACUAGUGGAUCAUUUUUUUUUUGGUUGAUAAGAUGUCAUCUGUAAGAACGGAUGGGUAAAAGACAAGAGGAAAAACACCAAUUCUUUUUUUAUGUACAUACACUCUGUAUUGUCAAAUGCAUCCAGGAAGGUUUCAAGAAGAUGAUUUGAAUGUUCGCACGUGCUUUAAGACGGAUGGGUCCAGAAUCUGCUUGUAGUUUAUAAGCUUCCAUAAUAUCCAAGCUAUAGGAACAUCCGACAAGUAAAAUC